UGAAUUUAAGUAUAAAAAUUUAGUUAAUACAGUUUCUAGGCGCCUUUAAAUAUAGGUAAGCAAAAAGUAAGCUCAGAUUUAAAGGUAAAUUUAAAUACACUGGUGUCUUCUCCAUUACUAGUAUUUGCUACUAAAUUUGAAGGUCUAAAAUAUGAAUACCGCUGAUACAGUCAUGGCAGCAGGUUCGAAAACCACAUCAAACGGUUUCACUGAAUUUUCCAGGCCUUCAAAGAACGCUUCAAAUCAAACUCAUGGUUCUAAUCAACAUAACCGCCUCGAGGGUGCUUUUCGAUCGAUUUUAGAAGAAAUUGGAGAAGAUGUUAACAGGCAAGGAAUUCUUAAAACACCAAAACGAGCGGCAGAAGCGAUUAAGUUUUUUACAAAAGGUUACAAUGAAAAUUUACAAGAGAUCGUUAAUGAGGCAAUAUUUGACGAGGAUCAUGACGAUAUUGUGAUCGUUAAAGACAUCGAUAUGUUUUCAAUGUGUGAACAUCACUUGGUACCGUUUACUGGAAAGGUGGCUAUCGGAUACAUUCCAAACAAAAGGGUGUUAGGAAUUAGCAAGCUUGCAAGAAUCGUGGAAAUGUACAGUCGUCGAUUGCAGGUUCAGGAGAGGCUAACAAAACAAAUAGCGUCUGCACUCGUUGAGGUUAUUGAACCUUCCGGGGUGGCUGUUGUUAUUGAAGCAUCUCAUAUGUGUAUGGUGAUGCGAGGUGUUCAGAAACCAAGAGCAACUACAAUGACUAGCAGUAUGUUUGGCGUUUUCCGAGACGAUCCGAAAACUCGCGAAGAAUUCCUAACCUUGCUCAACAAAACCUAAACUGUUUCAAACUCCUAAGAAAUUUUCAUUGGCUUUUAAGAUGAAUGAAUGUAACUCGCUUCAUCCUUGCGUGGCCGGAAAACGACCUUAUCAUAUAGGUUUAACACCUCGAUCGCGUGCCAGCUUACGAGUUGCCAUGUAUGUUACUUUGUGGGUUAAUAUGUUUCUAUUUUCAUGUCAUAUUGAUUCUAAAACAAUUUUACUUUAUGUUAUAGUUAAUAAUUUAAUAUGGCUAUGCACAUGCGGGCAGCAAGCAAUUUUUUUUAAUUGUAAUCCGAGUACCUAAGCUACGAAUACACGACAAAUAUAACUUUUUACUGCCGGUUUGACCUACUUGAAAAUUGCGAGUGUCACUCAAACGAGGUCUAAGCCAACAGUUUAAGCUGCUUGAAUCUAUACAAGGGCUUCAACCCCUAU